AUGUCCGUUCCGUUGGCUUCUAUUUCUCGACCAGCAUCUGUCGCGCCUCCACAAUCCGUUCCUCCGGGAAUUGCCAAUUCCGGACCAUUGUCGGUCCAAGGACCGGGUUCCGUGCAGCCGUUUGGUGGGCCUAGUUCUGUUCAAAGCCAUUGUGGUCCAGGAUCUGUUCAAAGCCAUGGUGGGCCAGGUUCAGUUCAGCCACAUUGCGGUCCAGGUUCGAUUCAAAGUCAAGGUGGCCUUGGAUCUGUCCAACAACAUGGGGGACCAGGAUCGGUGCAAAGCCACGGUGGUCCAGGAUCGGUGCAACAACAUGGUAGUCAUGGAUUAUUACAAAAUCAGGGCGGUCCAGGAUCAGUCCAGCCUCAUGGCGGUCCGGGAUCUGUACAAAGUCAAAGUGGUCUUGGGUCUAUUCAACAACAGGGUGGACCAGGAUCGGUUCAAAGUCACGGUGGUCCGCCGUCAGUGAAUGUUCAACCACCAGGUUCGUUGCAAAACAUGGGGGCACCAGGAUCAGUCAAAAGUCUUGCCGCACCCGGAUCUGUUCAAAAUCCAGGAUCGAUGGGCCCUCAAUCUGUUCAACCUCCUGGCUCAAAUGCAUUUAACGCAGGAGCGCCGAAUUCUGCUGCUCCACAAACACCUUACCAAAACAAGCCCUCUGAGCCACGUCCGAGUGAAGAGCAGCUUCGAACGGUUCAAGAUCCUGUCUCAUUGACGAGAACAUUGAUUUCCAGCGAUUUGCGGCAAUCAAUUUUGGAAGUGAAUAGGCAAUGUGGAGCUCUUUUGAAUGCUCGACGAAAUCAAGAAACGAAUGGAAAUAUUGAUGCACCUUUAACCGAAGAAGUCGCAAAUUAUCAAAGAGCGUUAUGGGACUUCUCAGCAGUCGUUGACACCUGUGAUGUGACAAUAACGACCAUGAUUGAGAGUCUGAAGCACGCUACAAAAUUCGAGCAAUGCAUUCGUGAUAAGAAUCAGCGCUUCGAAAAUAACACACAAUUACUAAAUGCUGUGAAGACGUUUGUGGAUUCGACUGCUGGACUGCAAUCAAUAUUCGAUGAAUCGAUCGGCAAAGUUACGAAUCGAAUUACUUCGAUGCGUAAACGUCAGCGGAAAUUCAGAGAACGUUCAGAUGUUGAAAAUACAAGCCAUGAUGAGCCAUCUGAAAAGAUAGCUGAUGACACUUCAAUGGAAGUUGAUUUCACACCAUAA